AUUAGAAGAGUUGCAAUUGCAUUUCCCAAAACACACCACCAUGAAAACAUCUACUUCUUGGGUCUCCAACAAAAAGUUUGAAUAUGAAUUUCAUAUCUUCAUAUUCUCACUCAUUUUCCUAAUACUUUCAACAGAAUCUACAAAUAAAGACCAGCCUCAAAGAUCAAUGAAGGGCAAUUUACGCCACAUCAUUCACUACCCUAAAUUGCUCAUGAAGGGAGAUGUGAAAAGGCUAGUACCUAAAGGUCCGGAUCCAAUUGAGCCACCUAUUUCAUCAAAGAUUUUGUCUGGUCUCUUCAAUCUACAAGCCUCGAUCAAUACGAAGAUUCCACAUUGGGUGGAGGAGGGAAGCAUGAAGAGACUCGUGCCAUCAGGCCCAGACCCAAUUGGGUCUCUUAACCCAUCAAAAAUCGAUAUAGAGAUUUCACAGUCGGUGCAUAAGAGAGGCAUGAAAAGACUGGUGCCUUCAGGCCCAGACCCAAUUGGGUCUCCUAACCCAUCAAAAAUUGAUACAGAGAUUUCACAGUGGGUGGACGAGGGAGGCAUGAAAAGACUGGUGCCUUCAGGCCCAAACCCAAUUGGGUCUCCUGACCCAUCAAAAAUCGAUACAGAGAUUCCACAAUGGGUGCACGAGGGAGGCAUGAAAAGACUGGUGCCUUCAGGCCCAGACCCAAUUGGGUCUCCUGACCCAUCAGAAAUCGAUACAGAGAUUUCACAGUGGGUGGACGAGGGAGGCAUGAAAAGACUGGUGCCUUCAGGCCCAAACCCAAUUGAAUCUCCUGACCCAUCAAAAACAUUAUCAGACCUCUCUAGACGACAAGACUCUACCAAUACAGAGAUUCUACGUUGGGUAGAAGAGGGGAGCAUAAAAAGGCAGGGUUACUGGUUAGGGUUCCGUCUAACAAGGGUUAGGGAAAUGUCACGCGAAGAGGACGAUGAUAUUGCCUCGGGACGGUCUAUGGCUGCCUGGAUCAGAGAGCGCGGGAUUGAUUUGAGCUCUGACCCUUAUUUGAUGCAUAGCCAUGGUAUGGAAGAAGCAGAUCAAUCUCAAUGUUGUUUUAGGACUCCGAGUCAUAAUAGGAUAGGAUAUGAGCUCUCUGAUUAUAAGAACUCUAGUUUUAGGUGUGACCAUGAAAUCGCGGGAUCUAGAGCUGCUAGAUAUGACAGUGUUGGGGCAGAGAGAUUGUUGAGGGCUUCUGAGCAUGAAUAUUCCAGGCAAAGGUUGCAGGACAAGAUGUCAGGCCGAGGAGUAGCAGAAGUGGAUUUUGAUUUGGAUGGUCGGAGGAGUUUGGCUUCUUCGCCGCAUCAGAGGUGGAUUGGUCACCCGGACCCAAAUCUGCUGGGCAGAUUGACAGACAUGGAGAUGUAUGGUAGGAGGGAAAGGAUUGGGGUUUAUUCUAAGCCCAAGGGUUUUAUAUCAAGUGGUGGUUUAUCAUUUCGAGAUGAUAUGGAUAAACUGAUGGGCACUCAUCGUUUGAACUCUGCAGAAUUGAGAGGAAGAGUGUUUCUAGGUGAGAACAGAGAAGAGUUCAAUUAUGAAGAUAGAUGCAAUUGUAGAAGGACAAAGUGCCUUGACUAUUCGUACCGUUUGUCCCCCCAAGCAAGGCUUAAAGAAGAUUAUAGCUCUGAGUGGGUAAAAAGGAGGAGGAUUUUCCCUGAAUUGGGUGUUAGUCCAUCUAGAGUCUUGAACACAGAUAAGGAGAAGCUUGAUAUAUACCAUGCUAAUCCAAUUGGCUGCAGUGUUUCUGAUCAUUGUAAUUCAGGGAUGAAAUUUGCUUUGAACUCUCCUUAUAGAACCUUGCCUUAUAUUGGACAUCCAGAUGAUAUUUAUCUGGACAGCAGAAAUGCUCAUUCCAGGAAGCAGAACUUCAGUGAAAUAGAGAUGCCAAAUUUGUGCGUCCCACGAGAAAUAUUGAACCGUGAAAGUGAUAAUGGUGACAAUGAUGCAUCUGGCAGGUCAUUGAAGAGGAGUUCUAGUUUGGUUGAUGAUAUGAACAUGCAUGGUUCUAGUGGGGAUUUGUCAAGGAAAUUGACUGCUACUAAUGAUGGAGUUCAUGGCGGUAAGGAUGAAUAUGAUGGUCAUAUAUUGUUGCCUAAGAGAUUGGAUCAUGAGUUUGAGCAGUGCAAAAAGGUCUGUCAUGCAUCUGAGGAAAUGUGGCCAAAACAGCUCCCUAUCAAGCAAGAUGAACCAAGGAAACGACAUAAAGUUGGUCAGAAUCUGACUUCCAUUCCUAAGAAUGUUUGGAUAAGAGGAAAUGUCGAUAAACAGGUGGAGGAGGUGCAUGAAAAGAAAACUGAGGAGUCAAAAGAUCUGCCUACUCGUAAGAGGUACAUGGAACAAGGAAAGGCGGGUAGCCUUUCAUGUCUUGUUUGUGGGAAUAGAACAUUCAAGGAUACUCAAGCCCUAGGGGCACAUUGCUUUAUGUCACAAAAGGUUGACUUGAAAGCUAAACACUUGGGUCUUCUCACGGCAAUUUGUGUCCUGAUGGGAUGGAACGCCGUUGUGGGUCCUAACAUCACAGGACUUGCGGCAUGGCAGCCACGUCAGAUUCCUCAUUCUGCUGCUUUGGCACAAAGAGAGGACCUUAUACUCUGGCCACCCAUUGUUAUAGUUCAAAACUGUACCAAAUUGAGCUCUGGUCCACAAGAACAUCAAGUCACAAGUAUAACCAGGGUAGAGGGUUGUCUGAGGGGCGAAGGUUUUAAUACGAGUAAACUAAAGAUUUGCCUUGGGAAGCCUGCAAAUGGGAGCGUAGUUGUGGUGAAAUUCUUGGCCACGGCUUCGGGCUUAAAAGAAGCAGAGAAGCUCCAUGGGUGGUUUCUUGAGAAGGGGCAUGGAAGAGAAGGCUUUAAUAAGCAAACUGCUUCUGAAAAGCAGGAAAAGAACCAUAAAGAACUUGAUCAGGAGACGACAAUGUAUGGUUACAUGGGGAUAGUCGAGGAUUUGGACCAAGUAGACAAUGACACGAGUUUGAGGUGUUUGGUUAAGAGCAAGAAAGAACUUGAUGAUUUUGUUAAUGCUCCGGUUUACAGCUAGAAUCAUCCGUAACGAGGCACUGCACCGGCUUUUCCAUUGAUGAUUAUGCUACAGAGGAUUAUGCUACAGUCACAUCAUAGAUGACACUAAUGUUUACAUCACUAGUGUUUUAUAGAGACUCACAGACAAUGGAGACAAUGAUGUUGUCUUUGAUGUCAACCUUGUGAUUAAAGUAGCAUUGCUUUU